AUGAAAAACAUUCUGUCGCAUCGAUCAACUUGUCAAUCGACAUCAGCUAUGAAGAUAGUUGUUUGGUGUUUAUGGUUCGUUUUGUGGAGUUUUGAACAGAUAUCAGGUUUAUCAUACAAUCAACCAAACUUAGAUCCAUAUGCUACUUGGAAUCCCAAUGCAAUUCUAUUCACUAAUUCAAGUUUAUCAUACAAUCAACCAAACUUAGAUCCAUAUGCUACUUGGAAUCCCAAUGCAAUUCUAUUCACUAAUUCAAGUAUGGUUGGUGCCAAUCCUCGUGGUCUUUUCAUCGAUAGCAAUGACUCGAUCUAUGUCGUCGAUCAAACAAAUAAUCGAAUUGUAGUCUGGAUGAAUGAUUCGUCGAUUCCUACUACAACGAUAUACGGUAAUAUGAGCAAACCAAUGUGCAUCUUUGUUACAAGCAAUGGUGAUAUUUAUAUUAGUGACUAUACUGCAAAGAACCAAACUAGUCGAUGGUCAUUGAAUGCAAAUGGUAGUAUCCCUGUCAUGUAUGGUAGUUCCUCAUGUUAUGGACUGUUUGUUGAUACGAAUGACACUCUAUACUGUGCAUUAUACAAUGAACAUAAAGUUGUGAAGAAGUGGUUAGGUGACAAUGGAUCCGCAAUAACCAUAGUCGCUGGAAGUGGAUCUGCAGGAUCCACCUCAUACCAGCUAAAUAACCCUGAAGGAGUGUUUGUUACUGCUGAUUUCGAUUUGUAUGUCGCUGACUACCGAAACAAUCGAAUUCAACUCUUUCGACACGGAGAAACAAAUGGAACAACCGUAGCAGGAAAUUCAUCAUUACAUUUUACGAUUGCACUUUGGGGACCAAAUGCGGUUAUUUUAGACCUUGAUGGCUAUUUGUUCGUAGCAGAUGGUGGAAACAAUCGUAUUGUUGGAUCUGGACCAUACGGCUUUCGAUGCUUAGUUGGAUGUACUGGUAUGGCGGGUUCAGCAACUAACCAGUUAAAAGGUCCAUGGAAUCUGGCAUUUGAUCGUCAUGGGGAUCUGUAUGCUAGUGAAUGGAGCACCAAUCGUAUUCUGAAAUAUGUUUUAUUGAACAACACUUUGGCCAAGCCAUAUAAUCAACCCAAACUGCCUCCAAAUGCCAUUUGGGACGUGAAUGGGAGCAUAUAUGCUAACGCAACCAUGACUGGUGGAAUUCCUUCAAACAUUUUCAUAGAUACAAACGACUCCAUUUAUAUCGUUAAUCAGCAAAAUGGUGAAAUUCAGCUUUGGUCUAAUAAUACACUGAACCGAAAAUACACAAUAUCAGGUAGUCCUUUGAAUAUCAGUUCCAUCUUCGUUGCUACCAAUGGCGAUAUUUAUAUCGGUAGUGGUACUUCGAGUGGUUUGGUCAGUAGAUACAAUAUGGCUGCUAACACCAGUAUUUCCAUCAUGUCAGUUUCUUCAUCAUGUAGCUGUCUGUUCAUUGAUGCUAGUGAUGCAUUAUACUGUUCACUGUCGAAUCACAAUCAAGUUGUAAAGAAAUGGCUAGGUGAUAGUUCAACGAUAGCGACAAUUGUGGCUGGAGAUGUCAAUGGUACUAGUGGAUCUUCUUCAUAUCGUCUUUGUGAUCCACGCGGGAUCUUUGUGAACCAUCAGUUUGACUUAUACGUAGCUGAUUCUGUUAAUGAUCGAGUUCAGCUCUUUCGAUUGGGCCAAUCGAAUGCAAUAACUAUUGCAGGAAAUACUUCGAUCAAUGUUACAAUAUCGCUCAAUAAACCAACUGGAGUAGUGCUCGAUAUUGACAACUAUUUAUUCAUUGUGGACAGCAACAAUAAUCGCAUAGUCAGAUCUCAACCAAAUGGGUUUUCGUGUAUUAUGGGAUGUUCUGUUGGUGGACCAUCGAUAAAUCAACUAUUGCAACCAGAGAGAAUGGCUUUUGACAGUUAUGGAAAUAUGUACGUUGCCGAUACUGGAAACGCUCGUAUUCUACAGUUUGUUCUUUUAAACAAUUCAAUUGAUACCACAACUCUAGCUAUUCCUAUGACAACAACCCAGGAAGAAGUAACGUCAAAAAUAACUUCAGUAAUGCUGCAAACAAGUACAGGAGUGUUAAGUACCACCUUAGAAAUAAAAUCGUCAAGUAUGCAAGUGUCCGACAUAUCAACGACACAUAACGCAGAAGUAGCAAGCACAGCAUUACUAACCAAUUCCCCACCAACACUAAGUACGUUCACAGCGACAACAAGUCUCCAGCAACCAACAUCAAAUCAAAUUGAAGUGACAACAGAAAUCCCAACAACAACAACAACAACAACAACAACAGCACAAGGUUUGAUAGUCAAUACUUUUCUUGACUAUGUAACGAAACUCAUCAUUGUCAUCUUCCUUCAAGGUCAAAUCACAUCGACUAUACAAAGCACCACAGUAUCGAGUACAGGAAUGACACGAAACACUUCAUUACCAAUGAGUAUACUCACAGCGACAACAAGUCUCCAGGAACCGACAUCACAUCAAACUGGAGGUUGUUAUCCACCCAAUGUCACGCUCACUCCCAGCACAGCACGCUUACAAUAUCGUCGUAGUCAAGACAUCUCUGUCACCUCGUUCAUCGACGUCCAUUGCAAUCGCUCCUUCACCCUCACGACGCAAUGGAUCAUCAACAACUAUUCAGUCACUUCAACUAUCGACACUCAAUCAAGUGAACUGUUCAUUCCAGCGAAAACGCUGCCAUAUGGAAUCUACCAGAUGGAUCUCACAGUCACCAUUCUUCAUCUGUCAACAUCAACAUCAUCUGUUGUUGUUGAAAUCAUUUCAUCAAACAUCAUAUCGAAUCUGAUUCAAUAUGGAACAUCCAUGAUCACUCAAGGCAUCCAUCAAGAUCUUUGUUUGGAUCCAGGAAGUUAUUCGGUUGAUCCUGACCAAGAUACUUUCAAUGCUAGUGAAUGGACAUAUAAAUAUUAUUGUCGAGUGUUUGGUGUGUCAGAAUUUCCCACAUUGCAAGGCUCAUUGUUAACAGUUGAUGAUAUGAGAAAUGAUUCAGCAAAUCUAUCAUGUUUAUCGAAUCGAACAGGAUGGAGAUUUGACAAUGCCAUCAAUUCAUCAUUCACCAUUCUCAGUGGCUCUCUUCGAUCCAAUCAGACAUAUCAGUUCAUGGUUGCGAUGCAAAACAUUCCGAAUCCAUCCAAACAAGUCACAGGUUAUCUUCUUGUCAACGUCGAAGAUGUUGAUUCACCAAUGAUUGUCAUUGGUUGUGUGAUCUCACAAAUGUGUAUUUCGAAUGUUGAAUAUCAGCUGGUGAAUCCAACAACUGCACAGCUUGCUUUGUUUUCCAUGUGUGUUGGGAACUGUUCAAUAGUACAAAGCGUGCAAUGGAAGAUCUAUCGUGGAGAAAGAAAUGCAUCGUCCAAUGUCACACAGUGGAGUUUGUUCAAUCAAACCGAUCUGUAUGAGAAUAUCUGGUUCUUCGGUCGGAACACUCGAAAUUUGACAAUCAUCAACAAAGUAUUUUUGUCUUAUUCGCAGUAUUCAUAUUGGAGAUUUCAAGUUGAUUAUGAGUUUGAAUCUGUGAGAAGAAGUUCCAGUGCACUGAAUGUCGUUCUCAAUCAACCACCUGUCAAUGGCACAUGUUUAAUCGAUCCAGUGAAUGGCACAACCAGUACAUUGUUUGAUGUGAACUGUAUGAAUUGGGUAGACAAUGAUGGAAUCAAAGACUAUUUACUUUAUGUUUCGACAAGCAAUCAGUCGCAAGAAGUUCUCGUUGCAUAUUCAUUGAUUUCGACAUUUGCAGUUCGAUUUACAUCAGGUGAUGAACCAACUAAUGAACUUCAUGUGAUUAUUCAUAUUCGUGAUGAGUUUGAUUGUUUCACUGAGUUUCAUUUGUCAUCAACAAUUAUUGUGCAAGCAGAUGUAACUGAAAUGAACACGUUCAUGAACGAAAUUCAGAACUCAUCAAGUCAACUUGUCAACAAUCCAUUUGUUCAGUUACUUCGAAGUGAAAAUCAAAAUGUUGUUGGUCAAGUGCUGAGUUUGUUUUCAAAUGAACUGAAUAAAAUCAAUGAAGAAACCAUUGCAAAAGCAGUUGCAAAUGGAAUCUCAUCAACAGAUAUUUCAGUUACAUCACUACAAACAGCGUCAAAAUCAUUGAAUACAUCAUCAUUAUCAUGGAAUGAAUACGAAAAACAAGUGAAUUAUUAUGCAAAUGUUCGAGAAUAUCUCAUUGGAUUUGUUGCCAAUCUUGCCAUCACAACACCGAACAGCAUCGAACUACAAUCAUCAACAUUGUCACAAUUGACAAAAUCAACAAAUCAGUUGACACGAAACACUCUGAGAAUGGCGAUGGAUCGAUGCUAUGAGUUGAGUGAAUCUUUGUGUUCAAUGUCAACACGCAUCUCAUCUGAACAAACACAAACAAUCACUAGUUAUUUAGUUCAAUGUGCAACAAAUCUUGUCACAGGUGUAAAUGGUGCAUUGCAAGCGAGAAUGAAUGUGUUGGAUGUUGAUUUUACUCGUGCAACACAAUUUCCAGUUGAUUAUGACACCAAUAUGGAAUCUGAAUGGUCAAAUCUGAAUUUAUUUGCUAAUGGGAAUGACUUUUCGUGGUCGACAAUUGAAAAGAAUCGAGAUCUGUAUUAUCAACAACAAUUGGCAAAUGAAAUUCGAAUGAAAACGAAUGCGAUGAUGUUGAUGAUAAGUUCAUCAUUGGAUGUGCAGCUGAAUGUGAAACAAACGUUUGUUGUGAACACAUCGGAAGUGUUCAUGUCACAAGAGAAAACAUCGCUUGCAUCGUUAUUUCACAAAGAGAUCAAUCAGAGUGAAAAUAGUCACAUUCGUUUCCCAUCAAUAUUACAAACAAAUCUCAAUGAAAAUCAAACGAUUUCACUUCGAACACUAAUUCAACCACUGGCAUCCUUUGACAGAUCAACCGAAUCUCUAACGAAUCUGUCGAGAUCAGUUUCGUUGACAAUUGUUGAUAAGAAUGGUGAAGAAGUGAAAACAGAAACGGAUGAAGAUCAUCUGAUUGAGAUCAUCAUUCCACGAGAUCCUCAAUUCGUGUUACCAUCGAUGACACUCUACAAUGUGACAUCAUCCACAACUAACUCAACUCAACAUCAUCACCAAGUGUUCUUUUAUCAUUAUGUAAACAUCACAAGUUCACUACCAAUCUCGAUUCAUACGGAAAUUCAUCCGUUGGACGUGAAUAUCUCAUAUUUGUUGAUCUAUAAGUUGGAUGGUAUUCCACAAGUGAACAGCUCAGUGAAGAACAUCGAUGGAUGGGCACUGCUGUGUGCUGGUGAUUGUUCGAUGACGAAUGAGAGUGUGUAUGGGUAUUUCAUUGAUAAUGAGCAGACAGUUGGUCAUGCAUCGAUGGUGAUUGGUUUACGAGAAGUGGAGGAUGACGUGUAUUGUUCGAAUGCGUCCUUGAGAAAUGAAUUGCCGAUAACAGAUGAUGUGUACAGCUUUCGAUCAGACUAUGAGAUGCGAGUGUAUUCGUCUGGUUGUUAUUAUAUGGACGAAGAGAGUGGUGAAUGGAAGGGGAAUGGAUUGAAAGUUGGUGCAUCAACAAACCACUAUGAAACACAAUGUUUCUCGAAUCAUUUAUAA